UACAGGAGAAGAAUUCAACGCAGCCAGUGGUAUGUCGCAAACUGUUGGAAAGAUUUUGUGAAUGAAUUUAUUGCUGAUCAGAUUGUGCCACAUAAUUCAUAGCUGAUCAAACUGUACUUGUUGUUUCCGCACCUUGGAACAUAGUGGAAGUGCGCCGUGAAAUGAUUAUCCGAUUAGCGAUUGAUUGGAUUUUAUCUGGAACCGAUUGGUAGUGGUGAUUUAAUGUGAGAGGCCGGAAGGCGUGUAUGUGAGUUUAAAGUGAAGCUAAACUUUCUCUGUGGAUUCGACAUUACUAAUUAAAUGAUAAAAUAAGUUCAAUUCUACGCAUUUUUUUUCGUGGAAGGUUACGUGAAGUAGGAAAACGAACCGAACGUUGUGUUAAUACGUGAGUGAGAAAAGUGUAAUUUGGAUUUUCAACACGCAGACGAAAAAGUAAUCAUCCAAUUCCUUCUGCAGUGUCUGUGCAGUGUAAAAAAGAAGAAAAAAACAAUAUAGGAAAGCAAAAGAAGCAGUGGGUUGGAGUAGAUUCAAAGUUGAACACCUUUCAGAUGGCUACGACGACGUAAACAUUGCAUGAAUAAUUGCGUUAAAUUUGGUAAUGGUUUUCUUUAACCCGCGAUAUCCCACUGCAAAUAACCUGGACAACACAAACACGCAAGGCAGGCGCCGGCAGUUCUCUAUCGGUGCGGUCAUGGGCUAAUAAGUGAAUCGACAUAUUUGCUCGAACAUUUUUCAUCGAGAGUAAGAAAAUAAACAUUUUCCUUCUCGUUUUACUCUCCUGAGCCUGCCAUGCCGGACACAAGAAUAUCAAGUUAGAAAAACGCACCAAACUAGCGCAAGGAAGUAGUGCCAGAGUCGUGGCUUCCGGACUUAGACGGCCGGGGGACUCGCAGAGCUCUCCAUCGGUUGCUUGCCGCCUAUUCAAACCAAUUAGAACUGAAAAAUGGCACAUUUCAAACCAGGUCGGACCCGAAUCGACACUGGUGUGAAUCGUCACUCAUCGGCAUCAUCGCAGCAAGCAACAGUAGUCAGCGGAACUAGCCAAGUGGAUGAAAAUCAUCAGAAGCAGGUACGGCUCCUCCUGGCACUGGUGGUAGUGAAAUAAGUGUUGAAGGAAACACACCGAAAGCGGUUGUUAUAUUUUCUUCAGGGUUCUGCUUGUGCUCUUGCUGUAGGUUCCCUUCGAGUGAUUUCCUUAUUUCGCAAUUGUGCUUGGUGUGGCACUCUUUGUAGUCAAUUCGUGAAAAUAUAAGCAUCGUAAAUGUGAAUGUGGAAGAAUACAGCUGAGCAAAGCGAGUUGAUAGUUAUGAGUGAGCAUGAAUAUAUAUUGAAGGAAAUAAAGUGUAAGCCGAAAGUGUAGCGCAAAGGAAAGGUGAAACAAAACAACAGCAAAAAAGCAAUUAACCGAAGUGCAUGUAGAAAACAGAAGAAAGAAGAUUGUGCAAGUAUUUCCCGCAAAGCGGAAAGUGCCGUAAGGAAGAAGACGAAGUUAAGUGUUCAAAGUGAGUGAGCGAUCUAUUUGACGGCGAACGAGCAAAACAGAUAUCGCGAAAAAUGUCUUUCCUAAACAACCUUAAAAAGGUCUUCCACCUUGGUGGUGGAGAGGCCAAAAAGAAACGCAUCUUCAACAACAUCCGGAUGGACACAGAUCCGAAUGAUUUCUGGGAUAUGAUAGGCGAACUGGGAGAUGGAGCGUUUGGGAAGGUGUACAAGGCCAUCAACAAGGAAACUAAACAGCUGGCUGCGGCCAAAAUGUGCACCCUCGAGGACGAGGAAAACUUGAGCGAUCAUAUGGUGGAAAUUGAUAUUCUGUCGGAAAUCAAGCACCCAAACAUCGUGGAGUUGUACGAGGCCUUCUCGAUCGAUGAUAAGUUGUGGAUGCUUAUCGAGUAUUGUGAUGGUGGUGCCUUAGAUAGUAUUAUGGUGGAGUUGGAGAAACCUUUGACUGAGCCCCAGAUUGCUUACGUUUGCAAGCACAUGGUUGCCGGUUUGUUUCACUUACACAAGAACAAGGUGAUACACCGUGAUUUGAAAGCCGGCAAUGUGUUGCUAACGAUGGACGGUGGCGUUAAGCUGGCGGAUUUCGGUGUUUCUGCGAAAAAUAAGCACACACUGCAGAAACAUGAUACCUUUAUCGGCACACCGUACUGGAUGGCCCCGGAGCUGGUGCUGUGUGAAACGUUUCGCGACAACCCGUAUGAUUUCAAGGUGGACAUUUGGUCUCUCGGUAUCACGUUGAUCGAGUUCGCCCAGAUGGAACCACCCAACAGUGAGAUGUCGCCCAUGCGAGUGUUGCUCAAAAUCCAGAAAAGUGAUCCACCGAAACUGGACCAACCAUCCAAGUGGUCUAAGAGUUUUAACGAAUUUCUCGCGAAGGCGUUAGUAAAGGAUCCCCAGCAGAGGCCUUCUACAGAUGUCUUAAUGGGUCUAUCAUUCAUCAGUGGGAAUCUAGAUUCAAAGCCGAUCAAGGAUCUAUUGCUGGAGUACAAGGCAGAUGUGGUCGAAGAAGAGUUGGUGGAUGAAGAGGCGGAGAAAGCUAAAAGACAGGCGAAGCGUAGAUCGCUUUAUCAGAGGGAACACCGCAGUUCUGCGCUCCCACUCGACUUGGACGAUGACUCAUCAUCGCUGCAAAGUCAAGAAACCUAUAAACUUCCAGAUACUCCCACGUCCUUAUCGAAAUCUUCCAGAGAUUCAAAAGAAUCGACACCUGUUCCUGCUGAAGAUGAUAGUAAUGCAAAACCGGCAGCACCUGGAGCAUCGACAGCAACUGCUACCACUUCGCCAGUGCAAACGCCAUCUGCUGUUCCAAAUUCAGCACCCAGUUCGAAACCAGCACCAUCUGCCGCACCAACCCCUCCAACCGUGGCAAGUGAUAGUAAUAGUAAUGUACAAAGUGAUGCUAAAAAAUCACCAACUUCGGUUCCUGCGCCAGUGUUACCAACAGCCAACGCACAUCGUUCCUCCAAAGAGGAGGUCGAACCUAAUGACAGUAUGGUUAACACAAGUGGUACCAGCAGUAGUAGCAGCAGUACUGAGGUUGAGAAGAAAGGCGUCAUUAAGAAGGAGAAAGGCCCUGCUCCUCCGCCACCGCAAAGUCCGUCAUCGCCAAGUAGUAGGAGCGCUUCGGCUAGCGUCGGGGUCAGUUCCACUGUUCAAACAUCUGUUCCUUCUACCCCUACGGAGAUGUCACAAACUCCGAUUAGCAGAGGCGUUGAUCGCCCUGAUAAUAUUGUGAUUUCAAAAACCCCUUCAUCACCCGUAACAAUAGAUCGACAAUUAAGUAGCGAUGAGUUGAUCAAGUCUCCCAAGAAAGAGCAUGCUCCUUCCCCACCGAGGCAACUUUCCAAAGAGAGUCCUUCUUCUUCUCCGCAUCCUUGUGACGAAACUGUCGCAGCAUCCAGCUCUGUAAGCCGAAGACUAACGUCAGAAGAAUUACACGUCGACGAGCCCGCAUCGCGAACUGAAUCACCUUAUCCCAAAGAACAACAACCAGUUAACACAACUGUUGCCAUUCCUAAACCAAUGCUUCCGUUUGAUGACGAACAGCAGCAGUAUUCUUAUCACUCCAUCCCUCCACCUCUCUUGCCGGACGAUGAUAUCCGAAUAACAUCGACACCGAACAAGCCGAGCAAUAAUAAUACGUCGAUGAUCACGAUCAAUAAUGACACCGUACUAGCGGAUCCGUCCAACAGUCUUGCCACUAACGUCAGCCAAAUCACCGUAGUCACUAGCCAUCCGCCAGUGAUAAUCGAUAAUUCAGUCCUUCCUUCCGGUUCCUCAUCGUCUGCUUCCUCCACGAAAUCAUUCGGAUCCUCCCAGCGAAGAUCGCGGGUCAUAUCAGCAAAGGGCAGCGACGAGGUGGUGAUUGUUUCCAAUGAGCUGAACAAAACCCAUGUCAACGAAUCGUCUACGGAUGACGAUUUUCAGUCGCUGGACAGUUUGGAGAAUCUUUCGCCCAAGUUCAAGAAACAGCAGCCUGGUGGGGGGCAGAUUGCACGUAAGCUGGACGAAAGUGAGGUGCUGAUCGUUAGUCCGAGUUAUAUCGGUGAAGAUCAGGAGGAGCAGCACGAACAGGAUGAUUUCAUUAACGAUGAGCUGUUUAUAGGUAAUAGUAAUAAUCAUAAUAACAGUAAAUUAUUGGACACUAGUCAUGUUUCGGUGGUCACCGUUGGUGAAGAGGAAAUCAAGGUUAAGGAUUCUUCACAUCACGCAAACCUAAUCAACAGCGGUAUCAGUCACCACCACCUACACCAACAACAGCAACCGCAUAUGUUGAAUCAUCAUCAUGAUUCCAUUAGUGACCUGUCGAACGUCAGCUGUGGUCCUAGCGAAUCCAGCGAUGACGUUAAGGUAAUGGAUGUCAUCCUAACCCAUCCGGGGGCUGGAACGACCAGUACUAGUAGUGUAAGUACGGGCAGUACGGUAACCACAGCAGGUGGUUUUGCUCAGCGGUCGCCCUCGGGAUCAUCGAUUUCAUCGCCGCUGCGAAGUGGUUCUAGCAAUAAGUUAAAUGGAGACUUCAACCGGAGUCGGGAAGAUGUCAGUAUCAUAGUGAAUAAGCGUAAGAUUGUAGAGAAGCAAAGGAUUUCGCCCGACAGUAGUGUCGGAUCGAUGGAUGGUGGCGGUUCGGUACGAUCGGCAAGUACACCAUUACAUCACCAUCAACCGCAGCCGCAGCAGAACGUAGCUGGGGGUAAACAUCUUGAUCGAAGUGAUGCUGAGAGCAUAGCCACCACAACUAGUCACGACAGCCGAGAACAGUCUGUAGAUGAAGAGGUACAGCUUCGUCGAAAACCGCCAGUGGUUGACAUUGAGGAGGACAAAGUCCCGCCCAUUGUUAGCAAUACUAGAACAAAACCUAGCCAACGAAACUUCAGCAAGGAGGAGAUUCAUCUUCAGAACCUUAAGAAAAAAACGCGCAAAAGAACGCGAAAAUUUGAGAUUGACGGCGUUCAAGUUACGACCACCACCAGUAAAGUUAUCUACAGUGAUGAAGAUAGCAACAAACUGUACGACGAUCACCUGUUCCGAAAGCAAGAACUGCGAGAACUUAAAAUGCUUCAGAAACAAGAGAAAAAGCAAUUUUACGAACUUCAGCAGAAGGAAGCGAUUGCCAAAGAGCAGCAGGAGAAGAAGUUCGAGCAGGAACGGUUACAGCUGGAGCGUACGUUUGAGGCUGAUAUGGAUGUGCUGGCACGCCAGCACCGGCAAACGGUGGAAAAGUACGAACAACAACAAGAGACUGAACUUAGGAAUACAUCGAAAAAGAUUCGUGCAGAACAGGAGCGUGAUUUAAAACUGUUCCGAGACAGCCUUAAGCAAGAAAUUCGACUGCUCAAGCAAGAAGUGGAUCUGCUACCAAAGGAGAAGCGAAAAGAUGAGUUCCGCAAACGGAAAACCGCAAUGGAACUCGAACAUGAGGAACGUGAAAAGAGUUUCCUGGCCACUUUGUCAGAGAACCACGAGCUAGCCUUGCGGAGGAUCAGUGAAAUAUAUCGGGAAAAAUUGUCCGCAGCCGAUAAGGGUUAUCUGCAGCAGAAACAGACGGCUAUGCGAACUCGUGAAGCUAUGCUCUGGGAGCUAGAAGAAAAACACAUCCACGAUAAACAUCAGUUGGCGAAACGGCACGUGAAAGAUAUUUGCUUUAUGCAGCGGCAUCAGAUGAUCAUUCGUCACGAGAAAGAGUUGGAUCAAAUCAAAAGAAUGAUUUCCCGAAAAGAGGAAGAGUUGUUGAAACGACAGACCAUUGAAAAACGUGCCCUGCCAAAGCGGAUUCGAGCCGAGCGGAAGGCUCGUGACAUGAUGUUCCGUGAGUCGUUACGAAUUUCGAUGACCACUGAUCCUGAGCUGGAGCGGGAAAAAUUGAAGAAGUUCCAAGAGCAGGAGAAAAAACGCUAUAAUCAAGAGCAAAUACGUUUCGAAACCAAGCACAGCAAACAGUUGGAAGAAUUGCGAGCUACCUCAGAUGGUUCCAUAAGGGAGCUUGAACAGUUGCAGAAUGAAAAACGCAAGCAACUACUGGAGCAUGAGACGGCAAAAUUGCGCGAAUGUGACGAAGCACUGCAGAAGGAGUUACGAGAAUGGAAAUCACAGCUAUUGCCGAGGAAACAGACCGUGCAGAAAGAACUCGACUGGAUGGUGACCGAUUACGAGCAAAAAUGGGGUCCGGUAGAUCGACGUGAUUUCGACGGUGAAUUUGUAGUUCCACCAGAAAUUCGAAACCGAACCAAUUCUCUGAACACCCGGUCCCUGCGCCUGCACGGGGGGCUGCUCAAUAUUUCCCGUUCCCGUACCUUCCUCACAUUACCGGUUGCUAACGGACGUAACAGUAUACACAGUUCGGUGCCAGAUUUGAGUCGCUCCGUACCCAAUACACCCAAUUCUGCACAUAAACUUUCCAUUGCUUCUUCCUACGAUUCAGUGCUAGAAGAGAACGAAAAUGAGAAUCGUCCUGUUCCAGGAGAGAAUCAAUCCGCUAUUAAAUAUCUUUUCACCGAUGACGGAAUUCAUACGCGUAGAAAAUCUGAAGAUUUGUUGUCAGGUAGAAGGACAAAAAAUACACACAAAAAUGAUCCAUAUAGAUAUCAGCACGAUAAUGGUAGCAGGACCCGCCAUGUUCCGAGUAUGAUACCGCUACAAAGUCAUUACCGUCAAUGUUCCGAGCCAAAUAAUCGCAUCGUUCCAAUCCGUGUCAAUCAGGUAAAAAAACCAGGAAAUAUUUUUGAAGGGAUGACAAAUCGUUCAUCUGUUGGCCUUUCCCAGCAUUUAGGUGGAACUAUGCCGCGAGUCGGUUUUGGAUGGGUAAACAGUCGCCUUGGUACUACUAACUUUCCAUCAGAAGCCAGUGUAAAUAAACUCACAACGUUCAGUUCCGCUAGUGGUGGACUACCUUUACAAUCAGUAGUUCAGCAUCAAAACGGCGACAGAGCAGUGUAUCGUGAUGGAAAACCUUCAUCGGCACUCAAACUUUCUCCAUCAACGCCACUUCUAUUUUCUCCGAGUACAGACUCGGGCAGAAAAGAUUCUAUUGCAUAGAUUUGUAAGCUUUCCAUCGGAAACAACGUCCCUUUAGUGUUAGGUAGUCAAGCAAAGAAUAACUUUAAUUAGGAAUUAUUUAGGAAAAUUCCCAUUCAAGUUGAACUCAAUCUAGGCUCUGAAACUGUGUAUACGUGUUCUUCAACUUUCAAUGAUCGUCCCACUAGUGAAAUACUUUUCGAAUAAUCAAAAGCUGCAACAUGUUACAACAAUAGAACUACUGCACAUCUCUGCACUGUUUCCUAUACACUAUGUUAAACUUAUAUACGCUAUUCUAACACAACAAGAGAAUACACAGUGGUAACAAAUGUAUAUUAGCUAUGCGAACAAAUCGAAUCAUCGCAUAUGAUACUAAAACACUAAUCCAGAUAACCUAACCGUGUGAUCCAAACUACUAAUAGCUGAAUAAAGGAAAUACAGAUUUUCCUUGUCAAAAUGAGAAACAUCAAAAUGGGUUGUUUGUUGACAUAAUCGCUAUUGUAUCAUCAAUCAAGCUUUUUGCACGAAUAAAUACGAAACGGAAUUGAAUAAAAGAUGUGCAGAAGCUGAAACUGGGUGAUAGCAAAAUACACUCGGUGGUCCGUUCGAUGGAGCAGAAACAAGCGUUUGGAGGAAACAUUCGCCCAGCAGCAAGAGGAAAUGGAGCAGUUGUACGGCAACAGUCUGGUACCGAUGCCGCCACAUUCGCCACAGGCCCACGAUUUGCUGCAAAUUGGUUCGACCCGUAGCAGUAUUUCCUCU